AAUGUCUACGGUGUUUGAUCCAGAAGGGCCUAUUGCCCAACAAUUGAAAGGACUGUUGAUUUCCGAGCUCCAGACGAAGUACAGAAUCCAAGACGAUGCCGAGGAUGUAGCCGAAUUCAUUUUGGUUUUGAUUGGUAAUAACCGAUCGGCUGCUGACAUUGUUGGAGAGGUCAGAGGGUUGGUUGAUUUCCCUAUUGAUGAAGGGUUUGUGAAUAGUAUUUUUGCCGAGAUUCAGAGAUUGAUGGGUCAAGAGGGUCAACAGCAACAGCAACAACAAGAGCAGCAGCAGCAACAACAACAACAACAACAACAACAACAAGCUCCACAAGCUGUGCCUUCAGCUUUUAGCCAAGCUCCUCAGGCUGUGCCUUCAGCUUUUAGUCAAGCUCCACAAGCUGUCUCAUCAGCCUUUAGUCAAGCUCCACAAGCUGUCUCAUCAGCCUUUAGUCAAGCUCCACAAGCUGUACCAUCAGCCUUUAGUCAAGCUCCACCAGCCCAACAUGCCCAGCAAGAGGCUUCCAAUGGUGGCGCCCCUCCACCUUAUUCAGGUGCAAGAGAACCACCCCAUGCAAACUUCCACCCAGUCUUACUGUUCCCAAGCUUCCCCACCGGUCCAAAGGGUGCUCGUAACGGGAAACCAGCCUCAACCGCUAGAGGUGGAGGUAUCUCCAAGACAAACACCGACAGAAACUCCACGAGACAACAACGUACUCUCGCAGGUAAUCUUGAAAAGGCCAUGGCCGCUGGUAAUGUCAACGCCCGUAACUCCUCCUUCAUCCAGAAACAAAGCAAGGGAAGAUGUCCACAAUUCCCCAACUGUGACAAUAAAGAAUGUGAAUUGGCACAUCCAACCAAGAUUUGUUUCUCGUACCCUAACUGUAUCAAUCCUCCUGGAACUUGUAACUUCUUACACCCUGACCAAGAUCAAGAUUUGAUGAUUAAGUUGGAACAAUCGAAGAAAGAAUACCAUGAAAAGAAGAUGAGAGAAAGACAACAAUACGUUCCACCCAUCACUGUGUGUAAGUUUGCCUCGCAUUGUUGUAAGGAAACGUGUGCCUUUGGCCAUCCUAGUCCUGCCAACAAGACCGGAUAUGUCACUGAAUAUGAAUGGUGUCCUCAAGGUAAAGAAUGUACUGAGGAAACUUGUCGUAAGGCCCACCCUUCACCAAACUUUCAACCACAAGACAAAGUUCCUGGUGGGGCUCCUGUGCCACCUCCACAGCCAUCUCUUGAACAAUGUAAGUUUGGAGCUGCAUGCACCAACUACAAGUGUUUGAAGAGACAUGCAUCGACACCAGUAGCUUGUCGUGAAGGUGCCAACUGUACCAGAAUGGAUUGUUUCUUCUCACAUCCAAUCGAAGAAGUUUGCCGGUUUGGAGUCAAGUGUACCAACAAGACAUGUAUGUUCCAACACCCUGAAGGAAGAGAGGUUGUGCAAAGCCAUACCUGGACCAAGGAUCAAGACGGAGGAUCCACCCAACAGAGAGUUUUUGCCGUUCCAGAAGAUCAAGUGAUGGAGCAAGCCAUCCAGAACUAGAUGGUGGUCUAAGUUAUAUGUAUAAGUAUUAAAGAUAAAG